AUGUGGGAAAAGCUUAAGAUUUUCGUUUGGGUUUGGUGCGUUUUGUGCGGGUCUGGCUUUGGAAGAUUCAUAGUGACGAAGAACAGCUUGGAGGUGACUUCUCCAGAAUCGAUGAAUGGAUUUUAUGACAGUUUGGUCGGAAUCUUUGGUGGCUCAAACUUGGGAGGGACGAUGGCAGGCACUGUAAUUUAUCCGAAAUCCAACCGCAAGGCAUGCAGGAGCUUUGAGGACUUUGGUUUCUCUUUCAAUUCCUAUUCCGGAGGACUACCUACUUUUCUACUUGCUGAUCGAGGAGAUUGCUUCUUCUCACUGAAAGCAUGGAGAGCACAGAAUGCUGGAGUGGCCGCCAUUCUCAUCGCUGAUGACAGACGCGAGCCAUUGUUCAACAUGGAGUCUCCGGAAGAAUAUUAUCCUGGUUCUGAGUAUGUCCAAGAGAUCUUCAUCCCAUCAGCAUUCAUCAUGAAAGCUUUGGGAGAUGACAUGAAGCGGGAAUUGUCUGAUGGCCAAAUGGUUAAUGUCACUCUGGAUUGGACCGGAGCUCUUCCGCGCAUUGAUCUCGUACAGAACCUCGGCGAAGCCAUGACCGUAAUUGAUGGAGGAGUUUGA